AGCCACAUCGGAGACGAUGGCGCGGUUGGUGGCAGUGUGCAGAGACGGGGAGGAGGAGUUCCCCUUCGAGCGGAGGCAGAUUCCCCUCUACAUAGACGACACCCUCACGAUGGUGAUGGAAUUUCCUGAUAAUGUGCUAAAUCUUGAUGGGCAUCAGAAUAACGGUGCACAACUAAAGCAGUUCAUUCAGCGACAUAGCAUGCUUAAGCAGCAAGAUCUGAAUAUUGCCAUGAUGGUGACAUCGCGUGAAGUCUUGAGUGCACUUUCUCAGCUUGUCCCAUGUGUUGGUUGUCGUCGCAGUGUGGAGCGCCUCUUUUCCCAGCUUGUAGAGUCGGGAAAUCCUGCCCUUGAGCCUCUUACUGUAGGGCCCAAGGGAGUCCUUUCUGUUACUCGAAGCUGUAUGACUGAUGCAAAGAAGCUUUAUACGUUAUUUUAUGUGCAUGGGUCCAAACUAAAUGACAUGAUAGAUGCAAUUCCAAAAAGUAAGAAGAACAAGAGAUGUCAGUUGCACUCCUUAGAUACACACAAACCAAAACCCUUGGGAGGUUGUUGGAUGGAUGUGUGGGAACUAAUGUCCCAGGAAUGCAGGGAUGAAGUAGUUUUAAUUGAUUCUAGUUGUCUUUUAGAAACAUUAGAAACCUAUCUGCGAAAACACAGGUUUUGUACUGACUGCAAAAAUAAAGUACUUCGAGCAUACAAUAUUCUUAUUGGUGAGCUUGAUUGCAGCAAAGAGAAGGGUUAUUGUGCUGCACUAUAUGAAGGCUUGCGGUGCUGUCCACAUGAACGACACAUACAUGUAUGCUGUGAAACAGAUUUCAUUGCACAUCUGUUGGGUCGAGCUGAGCCAGAGUUCGCAGGAGGGUAUGAGCGGAGGGAAAGGCAUGCUAAGACAAUAGACAUAGCCCAAGAAGAAGUUUUGACCUGCCUGGGUAUUCAUCUUUAUGAAAGACUGCAUCGAAUCUGGCAAAAACUACGGGCUGAAGAGCAGACAUGGCAGAUGCUUUUCUAUCUUGGUGUUGAUGCUUUACGCAAGAGUUUUGAGAUGGCUGUGGAAAAAGUACAGGGUAUAAGCCGAUUAGAACAACUCUGUGAAGAGUUCUCAGAAGAAGAAAGAGUACGGGAACUCAAGCAAGAAAAGAAGCGCCAAAAAAGGAAGAAUAGGCGGAAAAAUAAGUGUGUGUGUGACAUUCCUGCCCCCUUGCAAACAGCAGAUGAAAAGGAAAUAAGCCAAGAAAAGGAGACAGGCUUUGUGGAAAACAGUUGCAAAGCCUGUGGCAAUACAGAAGAAGGUAACAGCUGCGUAGAAGUAAUUGUUACCAAUGAAAAUACUUCGUGUACCUGUCCGAGUAGUGGCAAUCUAUUGGGGUCUCCUAAAAUAAAAAAAGGUUUAUCUCCACACUGUAAUGGUAGUGAUUGUGGAUACUCCUCUAGCAUGGAAGGGAGUGAGACAGGUUCUCGGGAGGGCUCAGAUGUAGCCUGCACUGAAGGCAUAUGUAACCAUGAUGAACAUGGUGAUGAUUCCUGUGUUCAUCACUGUGAUGACAAAGAGGAGGACGGCGAUAGCUGUGUGGAAUGUUGGGCUAAUUCUGAAGAGAAUAACACAAAGGGAAAAAACAAAAAGAAGAAAAAGAAAAGCAAAAUGUUGAAGUGUGAUGAACACAUCCAAAAGCUUGGAAGCUGUAUUACAGAUCCGAGUAAUCGAGAGACCUCAGGAAAUACCGUGCACACAGUGUUUCACCGUGACAAGACCAAAGAUUCGCAUGCUGAAAACUGCUGCAGCUCCGAAAAGGGUGGGCAGCCACUGCCUUGGUUUGAACAUAGGAAAAACGUAACACAAUUUGCAGAACCUGCAGAAACGUCACUCGGUCCUGACUCUGGAAAAGGUGCCAAGAGCUUAGUUGAACUCCUUGAUGAGUCUGAAUGCACUUCAGAUGAGGAAAUCUUUAUCUCACAAGAUGAAAUACAGUCAUUUAUGGCAAACAACCAGUCUUUCUACAGCAAUAGAGAACAGUACCGACAACAUCUGAAGGAAAAAUUUAAUAAAUACUGCCGCUUAAAUGAUCACAAGAGGCCCAUUUGUAGUGGCUGGUUGACAACGGCCGGAGCAAACUAAAAUAAAUAAAAUAGCUCUGUCUUUCAUUGAAACACUCAAGAUGACUACUGCGCCUUCUCUUUCAAAAACUCUUAAUUUAGUGACUUAUGGCAGAAUUUUAUCUUAAAUCAAUGUGAUUCUUUUCUCUUUUUUUUUUUUUUUUUUGUUUUCGGGGACGCUGGUGGAGGUAACUUCAUUAAUUUGUUCUUUCUUCAGGCUUGUAUGUUUAGUUGAGUAGCUAUGCAAGCCUGCCUUAUAAUUUAAGCCAUCUCUUUUCAUUAAAUGUUUCUCUUACUGUGAGACUUUAAAAAGCAACUUAGUGGCAAAAAGUAAUGUUGUACUUAUAAUUCUGUACAGAAAUGAUGAGCUGAAUAUAAGGUUUUACAAAGUAGACAUCCACUUGCAAAAAUGUUUGGAUGUAAUAUGUUAAAGCGCAAUGUGCAAAAUUUAAAAAUAAAGAAUAUUUAUUAAUACGCAUAGUA